AUGGCAACAAAUAUACCAGAAUUUUGGCCACGGGCAGAGAUGGAAGAAAAUGAACUUCUAGAAGUUCAAAUGCGAAUAAACGAAUCGGAGUCUCCUGUAGCCGAGACGUCGCUACAUUCGAUUCAACCAAAUAUGUUGGAAAAUAAUCCUCAAUCGGAAUGUGAGACUCAAAAAGAAGUGUCCGAACAUGAAAUUGUCGUUCCGGAUAUAAUAAAAAAUAAAGAUUCUUUAUUAGAAACUCGUGAAGAUUUUUCGAUAUCUACGCAUCCACAUAAUAAUGAAGUGGAAUCAGAACCUGGAAUUUCAUAUACAAGUGAUUCUGAUACGGAUAAUUCCGCAUCUUUCAAUACAGAAGAAAUUGUGGAGCAAGUUAAACAAACUGAAACAACAAUGAACGUAACAGGAGACACCACAAUUGACGAAUCGGAAGAUUUCGAUGUCGACGAAGUUUCUAUUACUUUUCCAACGAAAUCCGAUCUCCUGAAUAUGCCUCCCGCGUGGAUAAAGGACGAAUUCUACGAAAGACCUCUGAAAUGCGCUUUUAGAUAUUUAGAAAAAACAUCGUUAGUCAAAGAAGUGAUAUACGAGGAAGAAGAAUUUUAUUAUAUCGAAGACGAACUGUCCGAGCUAUCCGAAAGCGAUGAAUUAGAAACGAGCACUACAAUAAGUGAAGAUGACAAUGACUUUCAUUCCAAUGAAAAAUCUGAUGAGGUCGAUACUGAAACUGACGUAUCGAUAUUCGGUGAUAUAUUUGAAUCCUUAUCCGAAAGUGAAUCACCAAUUGAUGUAAAUAUUGAACCAUCCCAUUCAUCAGACAAAGAUGAAAUGAUAACACCUGGCAAUGGCGAGGAAACGAUUCGAGUGAAGAAAUGUAAAGAAGGAACCUCCAAAAUGUUUGGACGUUGUGAUGCAGAUUCUCAGAAGAAUGACAUUUUUCAUUUUUCCGUGCAUUAA